AUGUCCUUCAAAGCCAUGAUGUCACCCUGGCGCGGGCCGCACCCGUCCUUAGCCCCUGUAACACUGAAAGGGCCCUCGGUACCGUCGACUCCUGUACGUGCAAUCUCAUUAAGCACACGAAACAACGUCGAAAUCACACAACCCUUCCUCAAACGAAGCGUCUUCGCGCGACAAGACGAUGACUUUGAUGAUUCAGGGGCUGACGACGGUGAGGAUGACUCUGGGGAUGAUGAUGGCUUCGACGACGGUUCCAAUGACGACGAAGAUGACGGCGAGGAUGACUCUGGAGACGAUAGCCUAGACCAGUCAGGCGGUGAUGACGGCUUCGACGACGGAGACAAUUCCGGAGAAGAUGCUGGUCUCGACGAUGGCACAGACAAUGGCGACGAUAACGAUACCGGUCUUGAUACCACUGACGAUGGCGACGACAGCUCAGAUAGCCUUGACAGUGGGGACGGCGGCGCAGACAACGGCGACGAUGGCACAGGCGAUGCCGAUAAUGGACUCGACGAAACUGAUGGCCUGGACGGUACAGAUGACGGAACCGAUGGUGCAGAUGAUGGUACAGACGACACAGACGAUGGCUCAGAUACGGCUACAGACGGCUCUGACGCAGAGGACGAUGGAACCGACGAUACAGCUGAUACGACCGACGGGACUGAUGAUACCACUGACGCUGGCGACCUCACCGGGGCGAGCAACAGCACAGAUACCAGUGAUGCGACUGGUUCCACUGAUGAUUCGACAGACUCCGACGAUUCCACAGAUGACAGCAGCGCUACCAACUCUACAAGCACUGCUACACCCAGCGCCGCUGCGUCCAACACCCAGUCUACAGCCGCUGCAGCACCACCCGCAUCCAAUGCCAACUCCGACGCAAAUGCCAAUGCCAACUGUGCAGCAGGCGCUACCGCCCCCAACGCUGCCACCAUCUCUCUAAUCAAACAAUUUGAAGGCUUCGUCCCCAGCCCGAAACCAGACCCAAUUGGCCUUCCAACUGCAGGAUUCGGACACAAAUGUGUCAAAGCCAACUGUGCCGAAGUACCAUUUUCCUUCCCGCUUAGCCAGGAUACCGCUACGCAACUUCUUGAAUCCGACGCAUCCAAGUUCGUAAACUGCCUUCACGGUCUUAUCGGCAAGAACGUCGUUCUCAAUGACAACCAAUUCGGCGCAUUGACAAGCUUCGCAUUCAACCUCGGCUGCGGAACUGUUCAAACCUCUACUUUGUUGAAGAGACUGAACAACGGAGAGGACCCUAACACCGUAGCGGCUGCUGAGAUCCCCCGGUUUAACAAAGCGGGAGGAAAAGUUUCCUCAGGUCUUGCCAGACGACGCGCUGCUGAGGUUUCACUAUUCCAGACACCUUCUGGUACAACAGCUCAUCCUCUUUGCUGA